AUGGUUGACACCGCACCAGCUCCAGGCAGUGGUCAGUGGAUCUUGGUGUACCCAAUCUAUUUCUCGAAAGAACGGAGCAGGGCCGAUGGUCGACGCGUGUCGAGGCGCUCAGCGGUUUCGGCACCGGAAGCCGCGGAGGUUUUUCGCGUGUGUCAGGAGAAGCUGAGUUUCCCAGCUCUCUUGGAGCCUGAUAAGAAGCAUCCUCGUGAUUUUUUUGUGGCAGGGAGAGUGAAAGUUCAGCUUCCAGAGGAGCCUAGCGAUGACGGCGCUUUGACGCACACGGCAAAGCGAAAAGCAGUUUUGCGUGCGAUCGCGAAAGCGCUGCAGGAACUGCGGCGCACGCAAGCUGCAACCGGAAGUGGCCAAAAGGCACAGAAACUCGCGAAAACGGCGCAGGCAACUGUUCCCUCCGCGAAGAAUCAAGCAGGGACACCGAACCAGCCGGGUUCAGGUGCGCGGCGAAAAACGAAGCGCUAA